AUGAGUCAACAGUUUCGUUCGCAAAAUCACAAUGCUGGAAGAGGCAGGCAGCAGCAGCAGCAGCAACAUCAACAAAAUGAUAGCGAUGCCUUCAUGCAGCUUCCAGACGCUGAAAUAGCAGGAUGCAUCAGUGACAUUGGCGUUCCUUUCACUCCUCAAGAUCUGAAGAAUCCGAACCCCCAACAGGUCCAGAAAGUAUUCGAAUGGUUUGCGGAGCUACUCAUGAAUGUUACGCGAGAGACAGUAGAGCCAGCUAUGCGCGCUGCUGCUGAAGAUGUAUGUGGUGAACACUCGGAAGUCAUCCCGGCAGACACCCGGAAUUUGAUGGGCUUCUAUGUCUCAUUAAGGAAGUUGAUGGUAGAAUGUGGUAUCUCAGACUUCUCCUUCUCCGACCUCCUGAAACCGACCUAUUCUCGCUUGGUAAAGAUCUUCUCGUACAUCAUCAAUUUUGUCCGAUUCCGGGAAUCGCAGACUGCAGUCAUUGACGAGCACUUCAAUAAAGCUGAGAACACCAAAGCUCGUAUAGAUACCCUGUAUGGAGAAAAUCACGAUAUGGAUGCUCAGCUAUCAGAAAUGAGGCGAGAACGCAAGACCAUGGAUCAGCAGGUAAAAGAAAAGACCAAGAGAAACGACGAGCUGAAACAGCGGCUGCUAGAACUCAAGAGAGGUCAAGAACGAAUCGCUGAGCGUCUCGAGGGCUGCAAGGCAGAGCGUGGCCGCCUCACAUCGACAUUUGAGGAUAGAACGCGCCGUUGUGUUGAAGUAAAGCAAGACUGCGAGAAGCUACGGCCAUACGUAACUCAAUCACCCGCCGCGCUAGAAUCUCAACUUACAGAACUGUCCACAAACUUGGGCAGGGAUCGCUCGCACAUCGACACACUUGAAAAAAGGGCACGAGCACUUCAAACAAGCAACGAUUCGUUCAGCGUUGUUACUAAUGAUGUGCAUUCCUGUAUUAAGGUUCUUGGGGAGGUGCAGGAAGAGCUGAAGAGAGAAGAUGAAGAUGGGCAGAAAGCAGCUAAGCGUCGGGAUGCGCUUGGCGAACGUAGUAAUAAUGUCAGGGAAGUAGAACACACGGAGGCGUUGCUCCAGAAACAAUUGAAAAGAUGGACAGAUCGAACAGAGGGCGUCAGGCAGACGAGCAAACAGAAGGCCCAGGCGGCAAAGGAGAAGAUGGAGGAGCUUAGAGGCGUACACAAAACACUUACCGAAGAACGGACUGACCGGCAGAAAGAGAUGGAAAGGAAGAGGGUAAAGGUUGAGCAGACGGAAAAGAAGAUGGCUGACCUCAAGGAAAACAUUGAGAAUGAGGUCCAUUCGGCACAGACCGAGUUUGACAAGAUUGACUCUCACAUAAGGCUGUAUGUCACGAAGAUGGAGCAGUCGAUUUCUUGA